UCCGUUCCUUAAUAGUUCCUCUGCGUCUCCUUAAUCUCUAUCUCCCUAACUUCUCUUUCACCUUUACUCUCUUUCUCUCUCUCUCUCUACCAUAUAUCUAUAUAUAUUCUCUGAACCCAUCUCCUGAAAACAUUCAAGAUCAAAUCUUUCUCGAUCUAUUCAAAGAAAACCGUUUGAGAAAACGAUCAAAUUAAGGUUUGAUUUUGUUUCGGGAUCAGUUUUUUUUUUUUUUUCUACCUUUUCUUCUGUAGGGUUUAAGGUUUUCAAAAAAGAUGGAAGCUUUCGGUGGGUUUCACAAGGAAGAUGAUGAGCAGAUGGAUUUGCCUCCUGGUUUCAGGUUUCAUCCAACAGACGAAGAACUCAUAACCCACUAUCUACACAACAAGGUUCUUGACAUGGCUUUCUCGGCUAAAGCUAUUGGUGAGGUGGAUUUGAACAAAGCUGAGCCUUGGGAGUUGCCUUAUAAAGCAAAAAUGGGUGAGAAAGAAUGGUAUUUUUUCUGUGUGAGGGAUAGAAAGUAUCCGACUGGUUUGAGGACUAACCGAGCAACCCAAGCCGGUUAUUGGAAAGCGACAGGGAAGGAUAAGGAGAUUUACCGAGGCAAAUCGCUUGUUGGUAUGAAGAAAACACUUGUUUUCUAUAGAGGAAGAGCUCCUAAAGGCCUCAAAACAAAUUGGGUGAUGCAUGAGUAUCGGCUAGAUGGGAAACUCUCUGCUCAUAACUUGCCUAAAACCGCUAAGAAUGAAUGGGUGAUAUGCAGGGUCUUUCAUAAAACUGCUGGAGGCAAGAAGAUCCCUAUUUCGACUUUGAUCCGAAUCGGUUCUUAUGGAACCGGGUCCAGCUUACCACCUUUGACCGAUUCUUCAACAUACAAUGACAAAACCAAGACCGAGCCAGUUUACGUGCCCUGCUUCUCCAACCAAGCUGAAACCAGAGGAACCACAUUACUCAAUUGUUUCAGCAACUCUUCCCUCAGCUCCUCGAUCCAACCAGAGUUUCUACAGAUGAUUCCACUUUACCAACCUCAUCAAUCUCUCAACGUUUCGGAGAACCUACAGAGUUCCAAUCCGGUUCUUACGCAAGAACAGUCAGUUUUACAAGCAAUGAUCGAGAAUAACAAAAGGCAGAGCUUCAAAACAUUGAACAUUAAUUCGCAGGAAACUGGGGCUUCUAAUACCGAUCAAUCAUCGGUUUUUGAAUUUGGGAGGAAACGAUUUGAUCAUCAAGAAGUUCCAUCUUCCUCUGCCGGUCCACUUGAUCUUGAACCUUUCUGGAACUACUGAAGCCUAAAAAAGAAUCCAUUAAGUUAGGUCACAAGUACAAAAACCUUUGCAAAGUUUUAUCAUUUUUGGCGUGGUGUGCUAAGUUUGUAUAGAUUUAUAUAUCACUACUUCCACUAUUGAUGCUUUAGAUUAUAUGUUCAAGCAAAAGUUAAUAUUAGAAGAAUGAGGAUAAAAAGAAGCAAUUAAUCGAAUUUAUUAA